UUCCGUCUCAUUAUUCUCUUCUGGAUUUCCUUCUGGUUGAAGGAAAGAAGACUUCGGCAGCUCCAACAAAAAUGCUUUACUUCACCUACUCACCACCCUACUUCCCUUUAAAAGCUCUGGGACAUCUCAUGCUCCAAAUCAUACCAGUGGAAAUCAUCAAAGAGUGUUGAUCAGAAGAGAAAGGAAAAAGAAAAGAAGAAACCACAGCAGCACAAUAUGGGUUUUCUGGGAACAAUUGCAAGGCAUCUUGAUGCACUAAUUGGGCCGGGUGUGAUGCUCCUCUUUCCUUUAUAUGCAUCAAUGCGAGCGAUUGAAAGUCCAACAACUGUAGAUGAUCAGCAGUGGCUAACAUACUGGAUUUUGUACUCUUUCAUCACACUUUUUGAGCUCUCUUGUUGGAAAAUCCUAGCAUGGUUCCCCCUUUGGCCAUAUAUCAAGCUUGUAUUCUGUUUGUGGCUGGUGCUACCAGUCUUUAAUGGUGCAGCUUAUAUCUAUGAGAAUUUGGUGAGGAAGCUUGCAAAUAGGAUUUGGGGUGAAGUCAGCUCGAAUUAUCCGGAGGGGCAACGGAGAGCUCUCCAGAUGAUGAGCCCGAAUGCUAGGCAGGCGGUUGAGCGGUUUAUUCAGAAACAUGGCUCUGAAGCCUUUGAGAGGGUCAUGAAAGCGGCUGAAAAGGAAGCAAAGAAAUACUAAGGAUAUAUCAAGCUUCUUUGAAGCAGCGUUUCCACUUCUACCCAAUUUAUGAUACAAAUAUUCUGAUGCUUGUAAUAAUAGAAAUCAUUAAAUGAACAGUAUUCUUAAAUUAUCUAAGGGAUUCUCCAAAA